AUGACAGGCAACGAAAAAUCGCAACUAAUCAAUCUAAUCAGCAAUAUCGUUGCAUACACAAUUUCUUCCACGCCGCCUCAACCAUACCGUUUCAGAUCAACGUCAUUGCGCUUCCAAAUACCAGGCCUCCAAAUUCCUGAACUACUCUUGAAAUCACGCUAUGUCCGUGAUUUGACCGCUUCCGACACCUGGAAAGCGUCGAUGAAGAUAAUUCACAACGUCCGCACGUGGGCGCGAAGGACGAUUUGGGGCGACAGACUCUUCCUCCAAUUCCAAGGCCCUGCAACACUUCUCGUUCAGUCCCGCGCAACGCGUGUGCGAGAUAUUCUGAGCGACAAGGAAAUCAACGAGAUAGCCGACGCGCCUGCCGGAGCCACAUUCAAUGCUAUCAACCAGCGUCAAGAUAGAUUCGGUACUACCGAAGAGCAGGAAAGCAAGAACUACCAACGCGCCGCCCAAGAAGCUGUCUCAGAAGCUCCCGUACCGUCGCGAACAGUCGAGGAGCUGACACAAGAAAUAAAAGGAAUCAGCCAGACCAUUGCCACCGUCCGCGAUGGCAAGGCUGAAUUUGAGAAAGUUGGCGGAGGUGGUGGUGUACAACAGUCAAGUGAUGCUAAGAAACAAUAA